GAUAUUUGUAUCAAAAAGUAAUGGAGGACACGUAGGGCCGAAUGAACAGACAGAUGGUGUGUGAUUAAGCAACUGUAUUCUCUCUCUCUCUUCCAUGUCCUAAACCUAUGUCUCCAUACAUACACAUUCUCUACAAAAACUCAUUUCCUCUUCGGAUCCCUCCUUUAAAUAGCGUAUCCUUCUCUCCCUUCACUCAAACAUACAUUAAUCAUAUUCUAUAUGAAGAGGGAGAGGAAGAGACAAGGACCGGAGGAGAAGGAGGAGGAGGAGAAGAAGGAAGAGAGGAAGAUGGAGGUGGUGGUGGUAGAUGCAUUGGCUGCAGCAGCAACGGUGGCUGCGGCUGCGGCGGUGAAGGAUGAGGAGGAAUUGUGGGGGAUGAGGCUCAAGGCGGGAGAUGGUGUGGUCGAUGAGCUGAUGACUUGGAGCACCGUUUGGUUGCCUUCAUGUUGGGACGUUGAGUUCGUUGAGAAAAAUUAUGAAGUUUUGUAUAAUGAUGUUUUGUGGGACGAUGAUCUUUGGAAUUUGAACACUUCUUCCACUCAGCUUCCUCCUUUAGAUAACAUAAGACAAGAUUGAACGUUUUUUUCCAAUCGGUUCGGUUAUGGAGAUCAUCUUUUUCGGUUUUCGUAUGAACCAUGCAUAUUGUAAUCAAAAUUACUUGUUUUGAUUUGGUAUGGUUUCAUUUUAAACUUUUAGUCUUUAGAUCAUAAACUUUUUUUGUCAAAAGAAAAGUAUUACCUAAUUUGAGGACUUUUUCUCAACUUGGUUUUGGCUUUUCUCUUGGUUUAGUAUAAGUUUUUGGUUUUCUCCCGGUUCAGCAAACCGAACUAAGGUUCUUUAUGAAUUUGGAUCCUUUUUAUAGA